AUGAACGAGGCACGAACAAUCGUUUUAGUCGGCAAGACGGGCAAUGGCAAAAGCUCGACCGGGAAUAGUUUACUCGGGACAAGGGCGUUUAAGUCCAAGUCUAGCUCAGGCAGUGUUACUGCCACUUGUCAGCUGCAAACGACCACUCUUGAAAAUCGACGCCAGUUUCUUUACGUAAUCGACACUCCCGGGCUAUUUGAUUUUUCGGGUGAAGAUCAUAUAAAGAAAGAAAUUGUGAAAUGCGUGGAAAUGGCUAAAGAUGGUAUCCAUGCGGUUCUGUUUGUCCUGUCCGUAAGGGCCCGUUUUUCGCGCGAAGAAGAAGCUGUUAUAGCGAACAUGAUUGAAAUGUUUGGUGCUAAAAUUACUGAUUACAUGAUUUUACUUUUUACUGGAGGUGAUGACCUGGAAGAAAGCGAAGAGACCCUAGAGGAUUACUUGGGUCGUGACGAGUGUCCCGAGCCCUUGAAGGACAUUAUCGGAAAGUGUGGAAACAGAUGCAUUCUGUUCGAUAACAGGACAAAAGACGAACGUAAGAAAAACGAGCAACUUGAGAAACUUUUUGCUCUAGUUGACGAUGUUGUGAAAGACAAUGACAGCAAACCGUACACUCACGAGCUUUUCAAACUGCAGGCUAAGAAAUUGCGUAUUCAAGAUGAAGUCAAUUCAUCCGAACAGGAGAAAAUGAAGUCAUACGAAGAGCAGCUCAAGCGAAUGACAGAUAUGAUUGAGCUAAAGCUGAAAGUUCAGACUGAAAAGCUUGAAAAGCAACUGGCUAAGGAGAAAGCGGCUCGGCUCAAGGUAGAAAAGGCAGCCAAAGCCACUCACAAAAAGGCAACUCAAGAAAUUCGUAAAGCGAACGAGAAUUUGAAUAAAGCUAUGAUAGAGACCGCGAGGUUACGUCAUGAAGCUGGAAAAACGAGUUGCAUUAUUAUGUAA